AUGAAUAGCCCCUUGACAUACCGGUAUGAUAAACGAGAAGAGGCAUGGAGAUUCCUUUCUUACAUGUUCGUGCAUGCUGGGUAAGCAUGGCAGCAUAAAUAUUUAUAGUAUCUGUUUUAUAUACUAUGAAAUAAGCACACACCAAAAAUCGUACACAUUUUAUUGUUUACUAUGCAUCAAGCGGUUCAGGACAGUCAUCGGAAACAUCCCCUUGAGGAUCGAUGAUGGUCCUGAACCGUCAUAACGGUCUUGGGGUACUUACCUGAUCGCUGUCGUUCCCCCGGCGGCGAUCAGCGUUUCAUCCAGUCCAGGGAGACUGCCUGUCUGCCCAGACAGUCUCCCCGCGGCAGAUUAGGACCCCCGCGGCCACGUGAUCGCUCAAUCACGUGGCCGCAAUAAGUGCCUGUGUAUCUGCCUGCAGGGGGACUGUCUGUGCUGACAGGCAGUCUCCCUGCAAGUGGAAAAAAUAUAUAUCAUCUAUGUAUAAAUAAAUAAAAAUAAUCCAAAAUAUACAUAUGUACAUAAAUAAUUUCAUAAAUAUACACGUAGACCUCAAAUAUAUAAAUAUGUAUAUAUAUUUAAAUUCUACGUGCAUAUUUAUGUAAUAUUUUUACAUAAUUAAGUAAUUUUAUUAGUUGCAAUUUGAGGGACAUGCCUGAGAACCCAGGCCAAAAGUCCAGAGAAUUUAAUUUGCUAGCACUGUGUUUAACCCUGUAACUUUCUAUGACACCCUAAAACCUGUACAUGGGGGUUACUGUUUUACUCUGGAGACUUUGCUGAACACAAAUAUUGAUCUUUCAAAACAGUAAAACGUAUCAUAGCGAUGAUAUUGUCAGUGAAAGUGAUGUUUUUUGCAUUUUUCACACACAAACGGCACUUUCAGGACACUGAUGAUAUUAUUGCUGUGAUCCGUUUUACUGUUCUGAAACACUAAUGUUUGUGUUCAUUCUGCCGAGUAUAACAGUACCUCACAUGUAGAGGAUUUAUAGUGUUUUUGAAAGUUACAGGGUCAAAUAUAGGGCUUGAUUAGAGUUUUUUUUUUUUUUUUAAAUUUGUCAGAGCGUAUGGUAGCCCAGGAAUGAGAAUUACCCCCAUGAUGGCAUACCAUUUGCAAAAGAAGACAACCCAAGGUAUUGCAAAUGGGGUAUGUUCAGCCUUUUUUAGUAGCCACUUAGUCACAAACACUGGCCAAAGCUAGCGUUUAUUUGCAUUUUUAACACGCAAACAAAUAUAAAUGCUAACUUUGGCCAGUGUUUGUGACUAAGUGGCUACUAUAAAAGACUGGACAUACCCCAUAUUGAAUACCCUGGGUUGUCUACUUUAAAAAAAUAUGUACAUGUGAGGUGUGAUUCAGGGAUUUAUGACCGAUAACAGUUUUACAAUGUCACUAUUGAUAAUUUUAAAAAAUAUAUUGAAACAGGAAUGUCCUACUUGUACUUAUAGCCCUAUAACUUGCAAAAAAAAAAAAGCAUGUAAACACUGGGUGUUUUUAAACUCAGGACAAAACUUUGAAUCUGUUUAGCAGUUUUUUUCAUAAGCUUUUGUAGAUAAGUAAAAGAUUUUUCAAGUAAAAGUCCAAAAACGUGUCUCUUUAUUUUUUAAAAAUUUUCACCAUAUAUAUAUAUAUUUUUUUUUAAAAGUCAAAUAUAUGACAUGAUACAAAUAAUGGUAUGUAAAGAAAGCCCUUCUUGACCUGCAAAAAACAAUAUAUAACUUGUAUGGGAACAGUAAAUGAGAGAGCGGAAAAUUAGAGCUAAACACAAACACCACAAAAGUGUUAAAACAGCUCUGGUCCUUAACGUACAACAUCGCAAAAACAGGCCGGUCCUUAAGGGGUUAAAGGAACACUAUAGAGUUCUGAUUACAGGUAUGUAUUUCUAACAAUACAAAAUACAAUACAAGUUGCGCCAAGUGAAUCCAAUAAGUCCAAAAAAAUGCUUGAGAUAGUCUUGGUUGGUAACAAUCUGGACUUUAGAUGCUUAUAUAUAAAAACAGAAAAUAACCACUAAUUGUGCUAGGUGUAAGACACAAAACUGAGAUAAUUGGGCUAGCAAUCACAUUUAAUAGGGCUAUAGACCAGCUCUGGGUAAAACAGCAGUACAAUCCCCACUGAUGGAUAUGUAGUUCUAUGGAUCAGUCUCACAGCAUACAUAUGAAUAUAUACAAUCAAAUUUAAAAGCAAACAAUAGUACUUUCUUUGUUAAAAUCUAUUAAAAAAUUAAAAAUAGAGCAAUGCACACUGCUCAAGUAUUUGCGCUUGGGUGGUAUGAUCCCCACCAGGGAUAUGAUGUUGAGUAAGCUGUCCAAAGGAUAAUUCUCACCAGGGAUAAGGUGCAGUAGUUUUUUUUUUUAAAGAUAAUAGGUGUGCCAGGAACAAUAAAAAGCUAAAACUGCUUAAAAGCAUAAAACGUGUAAUAAAUUGUUAAACACACUGGGAAAGGUGAAUAGCAAAUAUAAUGCUUAAAAAGAGUAAAGAAACACAACGCAUUUUGCCAAAAAGGCUUCUUCACUUAUAUAUUUUCCUAACAUUUAUAGCAUUCUCCUCAAUGUUUAGAUUUUUGGGCUGCUGUUGCAAGGCGGAUAGUCGCACUAACUGAGCUCUGUGAUUAAGAGAUUAUUUUACUUUUCUUUUCUUUUGCUCUAGAACAUGGUUUGGACUGUUGUUGUUGCACAUAUGGGUCUGUGGGAGCAAUAUAGGUUGUAAGAUCAAAAGCCUGAAAAGCAACGGUAAGCAUAAACAUCAGACCACUUCUGCAGCAAGCUCAUGGCAUGACUGGGCCCAAGCUAACCUCCCAUCUAGAGGACAACUCUGAAUUAUCUGAUGACCUGUCCCUUGGGACUAAAGAAGACAACAUAACUGCCAUAAUGACUUUAGUACCGGCACCUUUUGGUCCAGAUGACACACCAAUGACAAUAGCAGUUGUAAAGGAACUUUUUGCGGACCUCCAGAAAAAAUAUAUUUUAAUUGAUGUGGCAACACUUUGAUUUGAUUUGCAAGGCUUAACGGGCCGAUUUGAAAACUACCUUCCUUGACUGUACACACCAAUUUAACUCACCUCAACAAUGCUACAGGAGCUACAGCAACAACAUGAAACUAAUGAAAGGCACUUUGCAGCACUGGAGGAUAUGUGGCGAAGGAAUAACUUAAAUAUACAGGGCAUCUCGGAGGAUAUUACAGCUUCAGAACUGUAUCUAUUACAAUGCAUCCUAGGACUCUUUUGACUCCCUAAAUUACCCAGGGCUCCAGCUGCAGUGCCAAGGCAGAGAUAAAGCCAGAGUUUUGGCGGCCAUCAAGAAGCAAACUCCCUAUACCUUUGAAUCAAUGUGAGGUAUAUUUUAUGCAGACUUCUCUGGAGGUACACUAGUGUGGUGACAGUCACUUCUGCCAUUCACAUCCCUGUUCAGAAAACACAACAUUCAAUGUCAAUGGCAAAUGUGUCGCACACUUCUGGUCCAUAACGGUGGCACCAAGCAUGCAGUUCAAGAUGUCCAAGGAGAAAUAGCCCUAUUAGCAACACUGGGACUUCCUCAGGACUCCCUUAACUAUAACUGGAACUGAGCAGUCAAUUGUGUACCCCAAUAAUGGGAUCUGGUGAAUGUAGCCAUGUUUACCUCAAGACAGUCCACACGCGACUCUCAUGCUGCAGUUACAACUAACACAAUGCCCUAGCUUAAUGUGGCAUUAACAAGUUUGAUUAAUGUUUUUUGUUUCAAUGUAUUAGUCUUUAAUUAGUGUGCUUUUCCAAUCCAUCCCUUGCCCUCAGAUCGAUUGGUUUAAAUACCAAAUGUAUAGCCCCCCCGCCCCCAGCACCCACCUUGAAGUAUUACUAAUAGGUAACCAUAUAGAGUAUCACUAUAGUAAGACGUAAAAUUUAGGUUCUCCUCAGUCGAUGCUUUAUCAUCUAGUGAUGUAUCUAAUGUUCUUUUUAGGUCAAUGAGAUAUGCUGUGUUUAUGGUAUUGAAUUUAUUCAGAGUUGAUGCAUAUGUACAUUGUACCAUUUAAAGGGAUGCAUAUUAGAACUAAAACCUAAUUUUUAUAGGACUAAUUUUUAAAGACUUGUACAAUGCAACUUCAGAUACCUUGUAUGCUUGCGCAAUAUUGUAUUGUAUUAUUGUUUAUAUGUAUUGGUACAUCCUGUCUAUGAUCUGAACUAAAAAUAAAAAUAUAUAAUUUUUUUUUUUUUUUUAUUCUUUUAUUUUUGGCGUGUCGUUGCAAUACAUUCUGGUGGGAAUAGCUGUAUAGCAUAGUACAUACAUGGCACAAUCGAGUAUAAGAAUACAUUGUGUAGUGCGGUUCGUACCUUAUUGUCUACAUUGUCACAAGCUGAAAUGUACUGUUAUUGAUGACACUUUUUGACAUUGUCACAUUAUCACAUUAAACCAUUAACCAGUUAACUGCGCGGAGGAGCGGGGGCCCCGGCCCGACGCCUCGUUGAUUUUUGUCGCUUUCAGCUUGUGGUGAAUGCGUUCAACACGAGGCCCCAGCCCCCCGACGGCAUGAGAGAAAAGAGAGUAGUGGAUAGGGGGGGGGUAGGGGGGGAAGAGGGAGAUCAGAGACCGGAGUUUCGCCCAGAUCACGCCCAGGGUUGACCAGGGGCGGCGCUGCCCUCUGCCUCGCUCUAGUUUCAUUCGUCUCUAUGCGUGGCCUUCCAGGGUUCCCACACCCUUUCAUAUGCUUUCAUGGUACCUCUCACCAGUGCCGUGAGAUGGUCCAUGACUUGGAUGUUUCUUAUUUUGUGUUUCACCAUACAGAUCUGUGGGAUGUCUGGUUUAAGCCAUGCCUGUACCAUAGUGAGCCUAGCUGCCAGGGUGAUUUUACGUAGGAAUUUUUGCUCCCAUCCUUUCCAGUCUGCCAUUGGUCUGGAUAACAGGCACACCCAUGGGUCUAUGCCUAAAAUAUAUAAUUUUUACUUGCUCCUUGUGUCUGUGAAAAUGACAUUGCUGCUGUUGAUCUCAGCACUCUGCUCAAUGAGCAGCAUUUCAUUGAAUAAUGAAGUAAAGGAUGGUCCACAGGGGUAGGUGGGGUGGCGCCACCCAGUUUUUGUUGACAACAUAAAAAAUGAAAUCUAUUUUCAUUGUAAGGACUGCUGAUAAGUGUAAGUUAGAAAAAUGUCUGCCAUGAUUAUACCAGCAGUUUCUUUUAUCCCUAUUAUUGAUGACUGGAGAUGCAGCUGGUUUCAAACAGGACAUGGCAUUUCAUGUGGUUAUACAGAGCCCAACAUGUCAGGGGGGCAACACCUCUCCAUUUUAAAUUUUUUUUAAAAUGUCAGCUGCCUUUUAUUGCACCCACAGUGCCUCUAGUGGUCAUUUAAAAGCAAACCGUCACUUCUAUUAAAAUUACACAAUUGAAAAAAACUUUGAAAAUCAAUUUAUAAAUGGUGUUCAUUUUUUUUUUUGUGAUUCUAUUUUUAUUCAUAAGCUUUAUUAUUUUAUCGUUAUUUUUUUACUUUAUCUUUCACAGUAUCAAUAGUAUCAAGAAAUUAGCGCAUUAUUUUACAAUCUCAUAAACCAGUCCACGCACUGACUGGUUUUGGCUAUGCAAGUACCUGCUGAGCUUAAUGAUUAGUUCCUGGCCCUUCUUCAAUCCAGUCAGUACUGAUCAAAAUAUAGUAUAUGCAGUGUGCUAUUGUGUGUGUGUGUCCUCAGAAAACUGGAGGUCCAAUAAAAACCAGAUUAUGUGUAUUCAGUGUUUAUUGUAACACAGUGAUACUAGUUGUAUAAUAACAUUUUGAUUAUUGAUGUUACAUUAUAACAUGCUCAUGUUCUAUAAGCAAGUAUAUUGAUACAAUGUUCUCUUAUUUACCAUCUACAGAGUUCAACACAUUAUUGGGAACCUUUUUCUCCAACUUCUUAUUGGAAUCCCCUUAGAACUGGUUCAUAAAGGACAUCGUGUAGGUCUAGUAUACCUGGCAGGAGUCAUUGGAGGUCAGUACUCUUCCUGUGGCCUGUAUUCUUGCUCCUCAUUAUGUGUCUGUUAAAAUGUGUUGCUUCACAAAAUCCAGAGAACUCCUAGGUCUCCACAGUAUUCUAUAUUUUGAAAAAUAGUUUUACUACAUGACUUCCCUAAUCUCAGGUAAAAUUAUAAAAAAACAACUCAUCAGCACUUUAUGAAGGAGAAACAAUCCCACAGAUUAAAUUAUUGUGUAGGAGGAAUUGUUGAAUAUAUGAUUCAUAUUCAUUUGUCCCCCCCAAAUGGAAAGAAAUAAUCUGUGCUAUAAAAUAUUUAAAGGUUCCUAUUUGAAUCAUUAGUUAUACAUAGCAUAUCAGAUAAAAAAAGAUGCACGAGUAACGUUUUUCCUAAUUUUUGGCUUAUCACUAGGAUCCCUGGCCAGUUCCAUUUUUGACCCUCGUAAAAAUCUGGUUGGUGCUUCUGGUGGUGUCUAUGCUUUAAUAGGUGGUUAUUUUAUGAACGUGAUAGUGGUGAGUAUAUUUUUCUGCUACUCAUAAUGGAGACACAGAGACAGAUUAUUUUGAUUAAUUGAUUAAACUUUCCACACACGUAGACAGACUUUGUCACAAAGCCUUCCUUGAAUAACAGACAACACUCCUGUUCAGGUGGCAAGCAUAUCCCCAAAAUACUUUAUUUACCACAAGGACUAGCCUCCAGCACACAUAAUUCACAUUAUCGUGAGACAUGCAAACAGAAGCAAAUCUAUGCACAUUCCCUAGCUUAAACCUAUUCACAAGAAUUAUAAUAGAGAAGGAAGUGACACUCUCAGAAAACCUUCCUGUUACUAUAAGUGUUUAUUUAGGUUGUUUACAAGCUAUAAAUAUGCUUUGCUCACUGACUUAGGAGGCAUGAACCUUUUUGUUCUUUUGAACAUUGAUACAGUUAUUUAUCUCACAUUGUCAGUCUGUACUUCAUCUUUGAAGAAAAAUGUUUGUAUAGUCCUCACAUGUAUGUCAAACUCUAAACCCAACAGGAACACACCCAACACGAGUGAUGGAGGUCACACCCUGCAUCCCAUCAUUUCACAUUCUAAUUAAUAGGUGGCUCUAACUGCUUCUACUGUUUGGGUUCGGUGCAUGCUGAAGCCAGUUUGAAAUAUAAAAACAAAUGGGCAUUCGCGAAAAUAUAUACUUUUUUUUCCCCAAAAAAUUUAAAACUACGUUCGCAUCAGCACACUAAUUCCACAUACAACAAGUGAAGAAAACUGUGAAGUAAUCUAAUAGUUGAUUUUACUUAAUGUUUGUACCUAAGAGUUUGUCUCUUUUUGUUACUACAGACACAUCAAUAA